ACAGUCACCGCACUGAUCGUGUGUUUAUGUUUGGCUAUCUUAGUAAUUAUUGGUCUGAUCAUUGUGAUUAUUUAUCAACGCAGACAGCAUUCAACCAUGGAAGUUGCAGGUAACAGUAAGACCAGUGGAACAAGUAGAAACAAGGCACGCAUUGCCGGUAACAGUAAGACCAGUGGAACAAGGAGAAAAAAGGCAAGCAAUUCCCCAAACUACAACAGCCUAGAAUUAAAUACUCGGAGCGAAUCAUCACCCAGCCGAUAUAGAAAUUUAGGUGAAAAGUCCGGAAGUAAACCAGUGCCCGAUUCAUAUGUAUAUGUAAGCGAAUCAUCACCCAGCCGAUAUAGAAAUUUAGGUGAAAAGUCCGGAAGUAAACCAGUGCCCGAUUCAUAUGUAUAUGUAGGCGAAACAUCCGGAAGUACACCAGUGUCCGGUCCAUAUGUCAAUUUAGAUGAAACAUCCGGAAGAAAACCAGAGUCCAGUCCAUAUGCCAAUUUAGGUGAAUCAUCUGGAAUUGAUUCAAACCCUUACAUAAAUGUAAAACAAAAAUCUUAACUCGAAUCAUAACCCAACGCAUGAGUGAAUUUAAGCGACGCAUCAAGAUGAAAUUAACUCUGCGUUUUAAUGAAAACAUGGUGUUCAUUUUAAAAAAAGAAAAAAAAAAAUUGUUGAAAUAUUGUUAUACCAGUUACAAAUUCAUUCGAAACGUUUUAUAUUAGUAAUUAUAUAUUAGGUUGUCAUGGUCGAGGCAUGGUAUGCUUACUAUUGUAAGAAUAUCGAAAACCAAUUUUGAGAAAUCCACACAGCUAAUUAUAUAUUCUAACUGGGUUGGCAGAUGUCUCCAUGUAAUUGACGGGGCAGAUAUACAUUACGGGCGAGGUAUGUGUCAAUCUGUUCACAGUGGUGAUGAAAAAGCCUUCUUUUAACGGUGUAGAAGAUGGCUGACAUACGUGUGACAUCACCUCAUACGGCCUCGACAGCAUGUGCUUGUUUACAUCAGACGGAGUAACACAAACUGAUCGGGGAAGAAUUGAUAUCUUGUACGACAUCGUACCCAGUCUAUACCCAUUAAUACUAAACAGGAAAUAUGUUUUACCCAGAUUUACUUCCAACAUAUAUUUCUUUUUCUUAUAAUAUUUUAAACAAAAUGUUUUAGAAUUGAAUUUACAGAAGAGAAUAAGCCAAUAUUGAGAGCUAAUUAACCCGCCCCUGUGUCAUCCAUUGUCGUAUAUCUGAGUAUACCGAGUUACUAAUUCUUGACAUAGACCUAAUUAUUUGUUGUUGUUUUUUAAAUUAUGAAUUACUGCUUUUUGAUUUAAUUUUGUUUAUCUUAUUUUUUAUUUAAAUAUAGCCAAUCACUACUUUGUAGAUCUUGUAUUAUGUGUUUUCUUUUGCGCGUUUAAAGGAAUAAUUUAGACAUUGCGUGUUACUUUUUAUCAUUUUGAUUUAUAUAAUAAAUUAUUAAUACUUUCUGUCAUAUGUUUUAUACAAUAAAUUCCUACUUUUAAUCAUAUUUUAUAUAAUACAUUACUACUUUUUGUCAUAUUAUUUUUAUAUAAUAAAUUACUAAU